AUGUCUCUCGUUCUUGAGCUCCCUGCCGAAUACAGCUACGUUCUCGUUGCCGCUACUUCCACCUUCUUCAUCAACACCCUCCAUGUUGUCCUCACCAGCAAGGCCCGCAAGCGUAGCGGUCUCAAGUACCCCGUCCCAUAUGCUUCCAACGAGCUCGCCGAGAAGGACGCUGAGGCCUACAAGUUCAACUGCGCUCAACGCUCGCACGCCAACUUCACCGAGAACCAGAUCUCAUUCCUUGGUGCUCUUCUCAUCUCUGGCCUCCGCUUCCCCGUAGCCUCUGCCGUCCUCGGCGGUGGCUGGGCUCUCUCUCGUGUAUUCUACGCCAUUGGAUACUCCUCUGGCGGUCCCCAGGGACGCAUGGGUGGCUCUAUUGGUUCUGCCCUCUGCGACACGUCACUCAAGUUCAUGGCCGCAUACACCUCCAUUAUGUAUGCUCUUGGCAACUAA